AUGUUCCGCAACAUUGCCCUCCUCCUCACCUCGGCCCUUGCGGUGUCCGCAGCCGUUCUGCCCGCAGCCGAGCUGCCCACUGUGGUCUUCACCCCGGGUGCCUGGCACGGCCCGCAGUCCUUCGAUCUUGUUCGCGCCGGUCUCACGCUCAAGGGAUAUGCCUCCGAGGCUGUGACGCUUCCAUCAGUCGGUGCCGAGCCUGCUACCGUGGGUCUCGAGGAGGAUGCUGCCGCUCUGCGUGCAACUCUCGAGACUCUCGCCGAUGCUGGCAAGCAGAUCGUGCUCGUCGUCCACUCGUACGGCGGCUUGGUCGGCAGCAACGCCGUCAAGGAUCUCGGCUGGCAGCAGCGCGCUGCCGCCAACGAGACAGGUGGUAUCAUCAUGAUGGUGUACCUGAGCGCCUUUGCUGCGCCCAGCGGCACCAGCCUUGUGGAUAUGCUGAGUGGAGAGUUUCUUCCCUGGAUGAGAAUUGAUGGUGAGAAGGUCUACGCCGACACACCCGAGACCAUCUUCUACGCCGAUGUCGACCCUAUUCUCAAGGCCAAGGCGAUUGCUGAGCUGAGUUGGGAGUCGAAGCGUGUUUUCUCCGACCCUGCCACCUAUGAGCCUUGGAACCAGGGCAUCGAGGUCAUGUACUUCCACUGCGAGGCGGACCAGGCCAUCCCCUUGGCCACGCAGGAGGCUAUGGCCGCUCAGUUCCCGUCUGGCUACACCACGUUCUACGCCAACACUUCGCACUCGCCCUUCCUGUCCCGUCCGGACCUCGUUAUCGAGGGCGUCGAGCUGGCGGUCAAGAACGGCCAGGCCAAGCUCUCGUAA